UUAAUAUAUGUAUUGGCAGCUGCCUUUGUAGGAAAACAAUAGUCGAGUCUAUAAAGCAAUACGGCCAAUUCAGUAGGAAACCUGGGAGUCUUAUGGGCAUUGGUUUUACAUAUAAAAAAUUAAUUGAUAUUUUAAACCAAUUUUUAUCCAUAAUUUUUUUACAUUAAUUGAAUCACUAUUUGGUUUUAAGUUAAUUUUAGAAAUUAUUAGAUUUAUUAAUUAAAUAAAUAAAUUAAGUCUUAAUUGAUUUACAAUUUAUUUACCUAAUAAAAAAUUAAUAAAAAUAUGAUCAUAUGUAAAGAAAAAAUUAAUCAAGACAUCCAAAAAAAAUCUUGGUUUAUGACUUUUCAAUAUUACUGAUUUCUAUUAAUUUCUAAUAUUAAUUAAAUUGGUUUAUUAAAUGUUAAAUUAUUUUUAAAAAUUAAUAAAUUUUAUGUCCAAAAUAUAGUUUGAUUUAAAAUUUAUAUAAUUAAUGAAUUUUUUUAUUAAAUUAAAUUAAAUUCAUAAAAAUAGGUGUAAUUUAAAUGUAUAUCAUAUUAAAAAAAUUUCGGUAUCAAUAAUGGAUGGUGAAAAGAGAAGAAGUUAUCAUGUUUAAUUUUAUUUAUUUAUUUUAUAAUUUUUUUAAUUCCUUUGUAUUUUCUUUUUGUUUCUAAAAUUUAGUUAAAAUAGUUUUACUUAUUCUUAAAAAUAAAAACAAGAACUCUUUUUCAAUCUCAUGACCCGACAACUCCUUAUCUAUUUAUUUAUUUUUAUUUUUCAGUUGUUGGUUUGAAAUCGUAAAAAUAUAAAAUAAUUUUGAAACUAAUUUGCAAAUUUAUAAUUAAAAUUUUUUGAAAAAUAAAAUUGCAACCAAAUUAGGAAUGCUUGAAUGAGUUCUCGGUACUUGGUGGGUUUAGGUACCCGCGGUGUCCCGACCACUCCACCCCCAACCUCUGCUUGCGUUGUUUCGAGUAUCUGCUUUUUUGAUAGAAGCACUAGUAACAAACGUGCUGCGAGCUAUUACUCCCAUCACACGAGGGGAGGUACACAGGAGCCCAUUCCCAGGAAAUUCAGCACUCAUCCUCCUCUCCCUGCACUUCUGAUUUGUAUUGUACCAAAGGAUUAGCAAGAGUAAAUACUUCCUGUUUCACUACCUACAGAACUGCGAGGUAUUUAAAGCAUGGGCAAAGCUUCAAGGGAUAAGAGGGAUAUCUACUAUCGUAAAGCAAAGGAAGAAGGUUGGCGUGCUCGAAGUGCCUUCAAACUCCUUCAGAUUGAUGAGGAAUUCAACAUAUUUGAAGGGGUCAAGCGUGUGGUAGAUCUAUGUGCAGCCCCUGGUAGCUGGAGUCAGGUUUUGAGUCGUAAGUUGUUUCUCCCAGCAAAGCUUUCACCUGCCUCAAGGGAUGGUGAUCUUCCUCUUAUUGUGGCGAUUGAUUUGCAGCCCAUGGCUCCAAUUGAAGGGGUGAUUCAAGUCCAGGGUGAUAUAACAAAUGCUCGUACAGCUGAACUGGUCAUUAGGCAUUUUGAUGGAUGCAAGGCUGACCUGGUUGUGUGUGAUGGUGCUCCUGAUGUUACCGGGCUUCAUGAUAUGGAUGAAUUUGUCCAGUCCCAACUUAUUCUUGCGGGUUUAACAAUUGUUACUCAUGUGCUUAAAAAAGGUGGAAAAUUUAUUGCAAAGAUAUUUCGGGGAAAAGAUACUAGUCUCCUUUAUUGCCAGCUGAAAUUAUUCUUCCCUAUAGUAACUUUUGCAAAACCGAAAAGCAGCCGUAAUUCCAGCAUAGAGGCAUUUGCAGUUUGUGAAAAUUAUUCUCCUCCUGAAGGAUUUAAUGAGAAAGAUUUGCAUCGCCUUCUAGAAAAGGUGGGAAGUCCAUCAGGAGCAGAUGAUCUAGAUUGCAGAAGCGGGUGGUUGGAAGGGCCAAAUAAGGUGUACAUUCCAUUUUUGGCUUGUGGAGACCUCAGUGGGUAUGACUCAGACCAGUCAUAUCCUCUUCCCAAAGUUGCUGAAGGAACUUACCAGAGCUUGGAUCCUGUACAGCCCCCAAUUGCUCCUCCUUAUAAGAGAGCUCUAGAACUAAAGAAAGCUUCCAGUCAUGGAAUUCGAGAGCUAGAAAGGCUCUCCCUGGAUUCUUGAUUUUAUAUUUAUUACUUCCACAUAGUCAUCCAUUCAUAAAAGUAUUGGAAUGUGGUGAAGUUGGUAACUGAGUUGAAAUGAUAGAUAAUGAUUGCAAUUGACACAGAACAAUUCAUUCAAGACUUUUAUUUAAUGAAUUGUUGGCAGCUAUUGGGUCA